CUGCCGGUGCCGGGGACUGGUGGUGAGGAGCCGCUGCAGCGCGUCAGGACCGGACCGUGAACCCGGAGACGGUACACAUUGAGGCGAGAAGGAGACACAGGAUGGAGCGGAUGUCUGAGGAGGCGCUGAGGCUCAACCUGCUGAAGCGAGGCCUGGAGUCACCCAGCGAGCGAGAGGAGGCGCUGGCCAAGCGUCUCAAAAUGGAGGGCCACGAGGCCAUGGAGCGCCUUAAAAUGCUGGCACUACUUAAACGCAAGGACCUAGCUGACCUGGCAGCCCUGGAGGUUGCAGGGCCCCUGGGAGACGGGAAGGGGCCUGGAGCUAGCUCCCUCCACCACCAGAGCCUCAUGGGUGCUGCUUAUGAAGAGAAGCUGAAUGGGAGUAUGAGGCUGGGAGGCCACGGCAGUCAUAUUGGACCCAGUAAGAACGGAAAGGAAAACAUGAUGGAUGAGCCGGUGGAUAUGAGCGCUGGGAGAAGAUGUGAAGCGGACCAUGACAGACGAACUCCAUCUCCAGACGUCAUCAUUCUGUCGGACAACGAGGCGUCCAGUCCCAGAACAACACCUCGGCCUGAGGAGCGCCUGCACCAGGCCAACCUGGACAUGUUCAAGGGGAAGACAGGAGAGGAAAGGCAGCAGAUGAUCAAAGCUCUGAGAGAGGAGCUGCGUCUGGAGGAGGCUCGCCUGGUGCUGCUCAAGAAGCUGCGACAGAGUCAGAUGCAGAAGGAGAAUGUGGUGCAGAAGGUCCCUGUGGUUCAGAACGCUGCAUCUUCUGUGCAGCCUCCUCCCAUGCACAGCUCUCCUGGCCUGGGGAAGCUGCCUGUGAGACCGGGCCUGCACAACCCAGAGCCCCAGAACCUCCGUACUGCACAGGUGACUAUGAAGCAAGCUGGACAGAACCUCCUCAGACUCUGGGUGUCUGCCAAUGAAAGAGAUCGUUUGGCAUCAUAUGACUCUUAUACCGAACAGGGCCAUACAGUCAUCAGGUCAGCAGCCAAUGCCAACUUGCCCCCGAUGCUGAUGUCCCAGCGGGUGAUAGCCCCCAACCCGGCCCAGCUGCAGGGCCAGAGGCUCUCUAAGCCUGGGAUGUCACGCUCCGGCUCCAGCGGCAUGGGCAAUCCCGUCAGUUACCAGCAGGCCAGCCAGCAGGUGGCAGCUUCCCAGCGCUCAGGCUCCAGUGCCAUGUACAUGAACCUGGCCCACAUGCAGGCGGCAGCAGCGGCAGGGGCCGGCGGUGUGGCCGGCGGCAUGGGCGGAGCUUCGGCCGUCAGCCCCUCCACCAUGUCCAGCUCGGCUGGCGGAGGGGUGAGCUCCAUGGCCGACCAGGCCAGCAGCCAGGCGGCAGCCAAGCUGGCCCUGAGGAAGCAGCUGGAGAAAACCCUGCUGGAGAUCCCUCCACCCAAACCCCCCGCCCCACUCCUCCACUUCCUGCCCUCUGCUGCCAACAGCGAGUUCAUCUACAUGGUGGGCCUGGAGGAGGUGGUGCAGAGUGUGCUGGAUAGUCAGGGUAAACUCAGAGGGACACUGGGACGCAUGGAGCCUUUCUUCUGUGCCCAGUGCAGAACUGAUUUCACCCCCCACUGGAAGCAAGAGAAGAGCGGGCGAAUUCUGUGUGAGCAGUGCAUGACUUCCAAUCAGAAGAAAGCUUUGAAGGCGGAGCACACCAACAGGCUGAAGAACGCCUUUGUGAAGGCUCUGCAGCAGGAGCAGGAGAUUGAACAGAGGCUUCAGCAGCAGGCGGCCCUCUCUCCCAGCUCGGCCCCCACUGGCCCAAACGCUUCCAAGACUGACUCCAUGAUCCGACAUCAUGCACUCCGCCAGGCUCCCCAGCCUCAGGCCUCCAUGCAGCGAGGUCUGUCCAACUCGGCACGAGGCGUCCUGUCCAACUUCGCUCAGGCCUCCCAGCUGUCGGUGGCCAGCAGCCUCAUGGGAAUGACUAGUGCCAAGCACUGUGGCAGCGGUGGAGGUGGCAGUGGCAGCAGUAGCAGCAACAGACUGCAGCACGACAGCCGUCGCCAGAUCUACAACAUCCCAGGGUUAAAUAUUGCCUAUCUGAACCCAGCGGCGGUUGGAGCCCAUAAGAGCUCCAGCUUAGCAGACCGGCAGAGAGAGUACCUGUUGGACAUGAUCCCACCUCGAUCCAUAUCGCAGUCCAUCACUGGACAGAAAUGAGCCCCGCCCAGCUUUCCUGCCCCUCUGAAGCCCCCCCACCCCCACCCUCCCCCCAUCCUGCCCUCCUACCCCAUACUGAAGCACUCCCAGAGCGACCAACAUCCCCGCCCCACCCCCCAUCGCAUGCAGUGCCUGUCCGUGUGCCUACCUUAAACCAACCCAUGAAAACCCACCAAGUCGGACAAAGACACUAAACUGUCAGUGCAUCUCAAAUGUUCUUAUUAUAGUAAAACUCUUCUUCGUCAGCGUUGUUUAACAAUUAUAAUUCCCAUUAUUAUUGCUGUUGGUAGCACUAUUAUUAUACCUGCAACUAGCAUUUUUGCUUCAGUUAUGAUUACUCAUUAUGCUUUAUUCUUUUCUAAGUGUUUGGUCCGUUUUUGUUUCUCUGCUGUCUCCUUUACUUUGGGCAGUGACAGUGAAUCAUUGUAGGGCCUCUUCAGGCCACCAUCAUGUAGUAUUUUUUUUUCUCCACUCAAUUCUAAAGCUAAGAUGUGACUAUUGCUAGUAACAGAAGAUCAACAGGGUGCAUUCUGGUUGCUAUGCAACAUAAAGUUUAACAACUUUGAAGCUUUGUAAAAAGUGUUAGCUCGCUAAUUGGAAAAUACCGAUGGUAAGAAUAACAGGAGGACAUGAGAUGGAGAGCAGAGCACCCGCACUGGUGUCAUCUUGAGUUUUAAGCUCCAACAUGUUGAGCCUGGAGUCGGGAGCAGAAUCACCCUGCUGCCAUCAGAGCUAAUUAACUGGAAAAGACGGACAAAAGGUGCACACGUGUACAACACAGAAUCCUAAGUGAUCCGAGUUUGGAAACCUUUUCCUUUGCUAGUCGGCUCCCACCUUUCCCCAUCUAAAGGUCAUCAUCAGCCUCUCCUGCUCCACAUGUGGACAGUUACCAGGUGGAUGGAACUGUUCACUCCACACUGUAGUCGUACUAAUCAGGACUGACAGACGCAGCUGCGGACCAACAGCUGAUAUAAACUCCGGCAGGGAGGAAGCUGACAGCCGGAGGACGACAAAGAGGGGUCAUGGUGUCCUCCCAUCUAUCUCCCUGCUGCCCUGCCCAAGAUACCUUUGUUAUCCAGUAUGCACAGACUGAACCCUUUUACCCAGCAGCCCCUCUCGGCAUCACACGUUCUUUGAGAAAGUGAAAAGAACUCAAAUCUGAAGGUGGAAGCAGAUUUUAUGCGUCCAAACAACAGAUUCUGUACCUAGAAAUCUGGGUUCCUUUUCGUGUUAUAUUUGGGUUUUUAGAUUGUUUUACACCCAAACUUUCCUUCUUUUUUUUUUUUGUUUGGUUAGUUUAUUUGUUUGUUUGUUUUGCGGCGUCUCCUGAUGAAAUGGUGGCAUACCUGAGAGGUACGAGCCCCUGGAGACGAUAAUAAUCAUCAUAGCUAAAAACAGAAACUAUUGAAAACUCUGUAUGGAUUAUGUAUAGAUACCUAGCUUCAGAGGGAGAAAAAAGGAUGUGGAUUAUAUCUUUUAUGGGAGAGACAUGGAUCAAUCAUUGUGUGCAUGUUGUGCACACAAGUUGCCUCACUCCAGAGGAGCACUUUGCAUAUUUCCAAUUGGAAAACCUUUUUUUUUUUUUUUUUUUAAAGAGGAAAAGAAUGUUACAGUUAAGAGUGGCUAUAGGUCUUGAUGCUGGCUGAUGUCCUGACAGUUGUGGAUUGCAUCAAGAUGAACGGUUUGAUCCUAAAUGAUUGUGUCAGUGUCAGUUUCCAAAUCCCUGGUGCCCAGUGUGCUGGGGUUAGAAGCUGUACCAGCAUCAAUACUGGGUCCCAGCCACUCACUGACUGGAAAACCCAGUUUAAGUAAAGUUGUUCUGCUCUUGGGAUGGGAUUUGUCUUCGUGUCUGAAAGGAGAAAACUGCUCUAGAGCUCAAACACAUUUACUCCAUCUAGUUGAUUCCAUAUAAAUUUCUAUAUUGACACACACACAUACACACCAUACCAUAAUGUAAAGUGUACUCACAACACUUUCCUCAGGAGUGGUGGGCUCCCACUUGUGCAGUAGCUCAGGCAGUGUGCAGUAUUACUCAUGGUGACAGAAGGACAGCCAGCACAUUUCACUCUGAUGAGUCAAAUCAUUGACGAAAAGAGGAAAAGCUCUCUUAGGAUGACACCUGCAAAAAAAAAAUCCAGUCAUGUCAAAUAUGUUCCAGGCAGCUGUGUGUGAAGUUUCCAUAGACAGCAUAGCACAGGUUCAUCAUGGCCCUGGCAGCCAUGUUGGAUUCCUUCAGUUCUUGGACGACAGCUGAUGUGUUUCUAACAAAAUGUUUGAUGUGUCUGUGCAGUGAAAGUGUGUGUGAAUGUAACGACUCCUUUGUGUCUGGAGAGGAUAUGGAACCGCAUACACUCAGUUCAGUCUGUGCACUCACUGUGUCGGCUUCUUGGUUUGUACUAGUCAUAUUCUCUCCCCUGCACUCACUGUUAAUUAGCAAAUGUUAGCAUGCUAACAUGAUACACUGUGAUGGUGAACGUGGUCUGCCUCGUAUCGUCAUUGUGAGCAUGUUAGCAUCCUGACAUUUAGCUCGAUGCAAAGCUAUGCUAUGUAAAACCACACAGCUAGUGUAGCUGUAGUCUGUUAUUUCUCUUCCUGCUAAAUUGGAGAGUGAUCAAAAGUAUAAGCUGAAGCUAAAAAUGAGGCGGUUAAAACCCUUUUCAAAAGUAUCCCUUCUUUCAAACAGCUAAUGAUUUUUAACUCCUUGCUGUUGAACAGGAAAAGACACGAGAGCACUUCAUGCCGGAGAGUGUGUGUGUUUGUGUGUGUCUGUAUGUGUUCUUGUACUUCCUACAAAGUGGGGACCGGGACACGUUUUUGACCAACAGAGUGGGGACAUUUUUGCGACGUGAGGACAUUUCAGCCGGUCCUCACUUCGUUAAAGGCUUGUUCGAGGGUUCAGACUUUGUUUUAGGGUUAUAAUUAGGUUUAUGUUAGGGUUAGGGUUGGGCAUUUAGUGGUGAUGGUGAAGGUUAGGUUAAGGGUUAGGGGAAGGGGCUAGGGAAUUCACUAUUCCAAUGAGGGUCCUCACAAAGAUAAGAGAAGUACAAGGGUGUGUGUGUGUGUGUGUGUGUGUGUGUGUGUGUGUGUGUGUGUGUGUGUGUGGCCUGACUUGUCCAAGUAGUGGAGGCUAGCAGUGUUUAUUGCUCAGUGUGAAAACCUUUAACAUCAUACUGGAGUUUCCAUCCCACAUUCUAAAUUCAGUCCGUAUCAGCUCUUCAGAUUGCUUAGUGAAGUCUAAGUUCCCACUAGCUAAUGCAGUAGCAGAAAAUGAUUUUAAAAGAAAAAGUCUAGCUUCAGUUCUGUCAUGAGCUUCUCUUCUCAAGCCCAGACGCUUUAUGGCAGACCAAAGACAGUACCACAGUAAUAUAUAUACUGAAUGACCACAGUCUUGUCAGGAGUCUCUGAUUCUGUAGCCACGACUGUAUUUAAUAACCAACAGUCGGCUCUCGUGCUUCAGAGAUUUUCGAUGUAACUGCACAGCCUCUGCUCAUCUCCUGUUAUUGCCAUUUUUACGUGAAUCUGUCACUGUUAUACUUCCACUGUCCAUAUGUGCACAGUGCUUGGUAGUGUUUUCUCCAGUCAGACUGUAUUUCGUCACGUUCUGAUGGAAUCCAGACGUGUCCGCCUGCACGUCCCAACGAUCGGAUGAUAAACCGCCCAGAGGAACGGAAGGCCAAGACUAUGAAACUACCUAGGAUUAGAUUCACAGAUGUAAACUUCAGUUUACACUUGGAAAACAUCAUUUUUGUUAACGAUAUAAAAAAAACAUGAAUCAAUUUUCCCUCGGUGGAACAGUUGAAAUUGGAUGUAGAGAUAUAUUUUCAUGAGUUUUUAAUGUCUGGGGUAAAUUUUUACUGCCACUCACGAUUUGAUUUCAGCAAUGUUUUUGUCAUGCCUUUUGCUGCCAAGCUGAAGUUUCAGAAAAAGAAAACGCUCCUGUCUCUCGCUCUUUUGCAGAUGCAUCCACACACUUUGUAUUUGGACUGCAGAUUCUUUCUUGAAAUCUAAAACUUUAAAUUUGAAGUCAUUCUUUUUCUGUUUUGUUUCUAUUGCAGUUUAAAAAAUAAACAAAUGUAUUGACUAUGAAAUAAAUGACACGAUAUUUGCUAGGUUUGAAGUAAUAAUGACUUAUUGUACAUAAGCAUUUUCUCCUCCCUUGUACUGAAAAAAGAAAUUAAAUGGUUGUAUAUUGUGUAGAAAAGCAAACAAAAAGCCAUGAAUAUUGUGAAGCUUGUCAUUUCGUUUUGUGAUCACUGUGUAUUAUUGUGUAACAAAUGUGCAAAAUGUUUGGGAUUCUUUUCUUCCCCUCUGCUUCUUGAAGCGGUCUCCCUGGAUGCAUUCGCUUUGGUUGGGGACUAGUUAGUUUGCAGGAAGGCGCUCGCUGGUUCAGACAGACGGGGCUCUGCAGUCUGCUCUGCAUUACGCAUCUGAACAUUUGUUUUCUCUCGGAGCAUUGAAAUAACUUGAAAUGACUUUCUUACAGAAUGGUUUCCUGAACUUGCUCCUGAUAAAAGCACUUUGAAUGUUUCAUUGUGUGGUGCACUACAUGGACAGAACUGAAGAACCCCCCCUGAACCCGUGGUUCGGUCCAGGGUCACACUGAUGUACCUGUGUUUUUGCAUGUUCAGGCAGCCAUAGGCUUUCUGGGAACCAUUGAGUCUUGAAAUUUGCUGCACUGAAAGUCAGCAUUCUCCUCUGUGUCCAGCUAUCCUGCAGCCAGGGUCUAAGGCUAACAGGGACAUUGAUUCUGGAAAGAUAUGUUGCUGUUUAACAACCACACAUAUAUCUAAAAACCAGGACAAAUAAAAGCAAAGCUACAUCAUCUGUAUGCCUGUAUACUGGCAUAGGUAAGUGAAGAUUUGUUUUGUAAUUCCAACCCUUAAUUUCCAGUGUCCAAAUAAAGUCAAUGGCUGGCUGGAGCACAGGCAAAAACACAGAAAUAAACAUCAGUGACUUGAUAAGUGAAUGGUGAUAAAUGGAUUUAAACAGUGUUAAUAUGAUCCCAACCUGAGUCUCAAGAGGGUUCCAGCUUCUCUCCAUGUUUAGAUGCCGACAGGCCCAACAGUACUUUCCACUUUAUGAAGGGAACAUUUCUGGAGUUUUUGGCAUAUAAAAUCAGUGUUUUACUGUAUUUGGCACUUAAUAUCCACAUCCAGAUAUCAGCUCUUCCUUCAGUGGAAACCUGGUCGGGCCUCAUAAGAUGCUUUUUGUUAGAUGGCCACAGCUGCUGCUCGACCCGACACACUGACCCUGAAUCAGUGAUCACUUUUCCUGCCAACACCAGCAUACAACAUGUAUGGUCCCCGACUGUUUGGCUUUAUCUUCUAUUAGUUGUUGUUGCUAAUGCAGGGAAACAUUUAAUUUCAAAAUCAGUUUUAUUAGUUUUUAGUUGACUUUUUGUAUAAUGUUGACAAUGUUGAAAUAAACAUCUGGGGAAGCAGAAACAGAUGAAAUCGACCACAAACUAACUUUUUUGUUUUGCUUACAUCAAUCCUGACCUUUUGCACAUACUUGAUAUUUAACGGUCUUCAAAAAAGUAAAAGAAAAUAAUGCUGUUUGAAUACUGCCAGUUGAUUGACAAUUAUGCAUUGAUUGAAAAAAUAAGCUAAUUUUGGAGGAAAUAACUUUGUAAUAUUUAUCUCUUGCAAGCUAUGUUUAAUAAAGGUUGAAACAAUUUGCUUCCAA